CACACAUCCGGCCCAUAGUGAACUGACCAGCUGUACCAGCGUGUGAACGCCAUGGAUACAAUAAACUUCACCUUCUGGAACGCCUCUGAGGGCAACGAGACCCUGGAGACGGUGGACGAGAGCCCGUAUAAGACAGUGGAGGUGGUGUUCAUUGUACUGGUGGCCGGCUCACUAAGCUUGGUGACCGUUAUCGGGAACAUCUUAGUCAUGCUCUCCAUCAAGGUAAACAGGAACCUGCAGACUGUCAACAACUACUUCCUAUUUAGUCUGGCCUGUGCUGACCUCAUCAUUGGCCUUUGCUCUAUGAACUUGUACACAGUCUACAUUGUGAUUGGAUACUGGCCACUAGGCCCAGUCGUGUGCGACUUGUGGCUGGCGCUGGACUACGUGGUCAGCAACGCCUCCGUCAUGAACCUGCUGAUCAUCAGCUUCGAUCGCUACUUUUGCGUCACCAAGCCGCUCAGCUACCCAGUGAAGAGGACCACCAAAAUGGCAGGCAUGAUGAUUGCGGCGGCAUGGGUUUUAUCCUUCAUCCUCUGGGCUCCGGCCAUCCUGUUCUGGCAGUUUAUCGUUGGCGGGCGCACGGUGCCAGAGAAGGAGUGCUACAUUCAGUUCUUCUCCAACGCCGCGGUCACUUUCGGCACGGCCAUUGCUGCUUUCUACCUGCCCGUCAUCAUCAUGAUGGUGCUGUAUUGGCAGAUAUCCCGCGCCAGCAAGAGCCGCGUCAAGAAGGACAACCGCAAGCCAUCAGGCGGCAACCUCGAUGUAGCCUCGUCCAAUCAGAUCCGCGAAAACACAGCCAACAAACCCACCAACAACAACCUAACAGCUGAAGAAACAGACCGAGGACAGACCCAGCUAACAGAUGACGCCGCCAACCAACAUGAUGCCAAACUCCAGAACGGCAAAGCGCCAUCCACGGCGAGCAUAGAAGCGGAGGCAGAAGAUGGAGGACGAGGAAACUGCGUUCCCGCAGAGGAGAAAGAAAGCUCCAAUGACUCCACCUCUGGCAGCGGAGCUGUAACCAAUCAAAAGGAUGAAGCAGUGCCAUCCAAAGCCAAUGACAACCAGGCUCCCACGAGGCACCGCGCCAAAGCUGGAGGCUCCAAACUGACGUGCAUCAAGAUCAUCACCAAAUCGCCAAAGGGCGACUGCUACGCACCUUCGAACGCAACGGUGGAGAUCGUCCCAGCCACCGAGAGGCAGAACCAUGUGGCGAGGAAGAUCGUGAAGAUGACCAAGCAGCCACCCAAGAAGAAAAAAGCGCCGCCCUCUCGGGAAAAGAAGGUGACGCGCACCAUCAUGGCCAUCCUGGUGGCGUUCGUGGCUACUUGGACGCCAUACAACGUGAUGGUCCUCAUCAACACCUUCUGCUCCAGCUGCAUUCCCAACACCGUGUGGACCAUCGGAUACUGGCUCUGCUACAUCAACAGCACGAUCAACCCCGCUUGCUACGCCCUCUGCAACAUCACCUUCAAAAAGACCUUCAAACACCUGCUGCUCUGCCAGUACAAGAACAUACGCUCGGCCCGAUGAGCUGUAGUGUGUGUGCAUGCAUUAUAUUUUACAUGUGUGUUCUGGUGACAAAGGUACGUGUGGAUGUGUUUGUAUGUGUGGAAAGAUACAGUAAAACCAGUUCAGCAAUUGAAGAGUUUAUUUGCAAAAACAUUUCCUUAAAUCAUGUUUUCUAUUGUGUUAUCAUGUUUUUAUUGUGU